GCUUUUCCCAUGGGAGCUCAAUGCCUUCACUUCCACUACUACAUGAGUGGUUCUAGUGUUGGCACACUGAAUGUGUACACCCUUCCACUAGACUCAGUCAGCUCUGUACAAGAAUGGUCUCUAUCGGGCGAUCAAGGUAGUGGUUGGAAGUCAGCCUUGGUGACAGUGGGAAGUCAUCUUGUAAACUAUAAUGUCAGAUUUGAAGGUGUACUUGGCUUCUCAGUGACCAGUGACAUUGCAAUAGAUGACAUUAUGUUUAUGCCUGACCCUUGCGACA